AUGGAUCCACAUCCGCCCGAGUACUAUGCCGAGGACCGGGGCCCAAAGCUCAUCGCCAUCUCUUGCGCCUUUGCCGUCGUCACCACGGUGGUGGUCUUGCUGCAGUUUUAUGCAAAGCGGUACUCUGCUCCACGGUUCGACACCUAUGACUUUUUUCUCAUUGGCGGCUACGUGGUCAACCUGGUAGCGUGCGCCAUGGCUAUUGCCUCGACACACCUCGGCGGCAUCGGCCGUCACAUCGAGUCGGUGGAGCGCGACACGCCCUGGCAGGUCAGGGGCUGGGCCAUCAGCAUAUUCGCCUUUGAGAUUGGCUACUUCACGUCGGUGGCCUUUCCCAAGAUCGCCAUCAUCUGCCUGUACCUGCGCAUCUUCAACUGGACGGGGCCGAAGCGGUACUUUGCGCUGGCGCUGAUCUUUCUCAACGCCGCGCUGGCCACGAGCCUGGUCAUCGUCGCCUGCUUCCAGUGCCGGCCCCUGGCCUUUUGGUGGGACAAGUCCAUCGAGGGCGGCAGCUGCAUCGACAUCCAGACCUUUUACCACGCCCAGGCCCUGCCGGGCCUGCUGCUGGACCUGGGGGUCAUUGCGCUGCCGCUGCAGAGCAUCUGGAGGAUGAAUCUGCCGUUUUUCAGAAAGGUGGCGCUGGGGAUGAUUUUUGUGAUUGGGAGUUUCGGCAUCGUGGCCGCCAUCGUCCGCACGACCGUCUUCUUCUCGACCGAGGCCCUCGACGACCGGACCAUGGCAUCCGUCGACCUGGAGGGCUGGUCGAUAAUCGAGACGUCCAUGUACAUCGUCGCCGUGUGCAUGCCGCGCAUGCCGCCGCUGCGGCCGCUGGUCAGCGAGAUCGUCCCGAACCGGCUGCGGGUCAUCUGCCGGCGCACGACGGCGCGGGUGUCGGCGGUGCUCAGCCACGGCUCCAAGGCCAUGUCGACCGUGUCGCGCCGCACCGCCCGCAGCUUCCCCUGGACCAGCAAGCGCGGCCCGCCCAGCAGCAGCGUCGUCACCUCGUCCGCCGCCGACGACGCCCGCACCGGCUCCUCGUCCCCGCCCGGCGGCUUGGCGCCCCCGCCGCCGCUGCUGCUGCGGCGCGACGCCGCCGGCCGCGAGGUCCCCGCCGAGGGCGGCGAAAAGAAGAAGUGGAGGGAUCGCUUGGCCCAGCGCCACCACCAGACCUGGAUCGACGGCGAGGAUCACAUCGAGGCCGAGGCCGUCGGCGGCCCCUAUCGGAGAAAGUCGCUGCCCGCCAUCGGGUCGUUGGAAAAGGUGGAUUCUGCACACCAGCAGCUGCAGGAGAGGGAAAAGGACAAGGAAAAAGAGAGCAAAGAGGCCGCGGGCCAGGUCGGCAUGCAGCAGCAGCAGCUGUUCACGCCUAGGGAGUCGGGGUCGUCCAGGCUUCCGCGCUCGCCCAGGAGUGCCAUAUUCGUCACCUGCGGCGAGCCCUCCACCUCCACGUCCUCGGGCACUUCUGGGUUCAAGGAUGCCGAGGAGACGAUUUCCGUCAGUGCCGAGUCCGAGCCCGAGGUCAUGUCUAGACCGGGUACGGGCGGCAGCGGCAGCAGCAUCAUCAUGGAGGAAAGGAGCGCGACCUGA